GUUGACACCAUUAAACGUCUAAGUUAGACUACUCGUUUUAUAAAAUCAAUAAUCAAUACCAUUAUAUAUAUAUAUAUAUAACUAAUAUAUAUUCGUGUGAAAAGCCCUAAUUAUGAAUAACGUACCAGAUGAUGAAAUAGUGCAAUGCCCAUAUGACCCUAAUCACUGGCUAAGGAAACAUCGCCUACCAACUCAUUUACCGCGGUGUGAACGGAACCAUUUGAAUUUAGAAAAAGUAUUUUGCCCAUUUAAUGCUGAGCAUUUACAAAAUAAAGAGGAUCUCGAAGAGCACUUAAAAACAUGUCCGGAUAAGAAGUAUGCUUUUGCUGUUGAAAAUUCCUCAGUUACAUUGAGUCAUUCUCCACCCGAGUUCAAGCCGCUGCCACCAGGAGAGGAUUGGGAAGAAGCAUCGUCAUCGUAUAAUCCAACUGAGCACGCUUUGAAUGUUCCUGUAUUACGUUCAAUAUAUGGGGUUUCAAAAUCAGAAAGAAAAAAAUUCAAAGCUGAAGAACACAAACGCCUCCAAGAGUUAAAGAAUCAAAAAAAAUAAAAUGCCAUCUGUGUACCAGUCUGUAUCGUACUUUCGGUACGACAAUUGACAUAACGUCAAGUAAACAUAUAAGCUUUGGUUUUGUCGAAGUUAACAAACUCGGCACACACAGUUUUGAAUCAACAUUAAAGUCUCAUUUAAAUAAAAUUUGUGUGUAAUAUAACAUAUUAUAACUUAUAUAUAACAUAACGAUUAAUGAUACUGAUAAGUGCUGUAAUAAAUGUGGAAAUUAUUCUUAUGUAGGUGUAUG